AUGAGCAUCCAGAACCUGGCUAGUUACGACCCGUUUGCGGAUGUUGGUGAAGAGUCCCCUAUUGAGCCAGUUGCGGAAGAGAAGAAAAAACCCGCUCAGGUCCAGAACUACGUCCACAUUCGUAUCCAGCAGCGCAACGGCCGCAAGACUUUGACUACACUUCAGGGUCUUCCCAAGGAGUAUGAUCCCAAGAAGCUCUUGAAGGCAUUUAAAAAAGAGUUUGCUUGCAACGGCACACUUGUUGAUGACGAGGAGCUCGGUCAGGUUAUCCAGCUCCAAGGUGAUCAGCGUCAGAAGAUUUCCAUGUUUUUGAUUGAAGAGGGUGUUCCGAAGCAGGACGUCAAGGUGCACGGGCGCCAGGGUUUUAAACGUGUGCGAAAGUUUGGCGAGGUGAAACGCCUCAUGAACCCCAAUGAUAAUCGACUCAAAAAUUCCAAGGAGCUGGCCGUUGCCGAGGCAAAGAAAACGGAGGAGAAAAAACGACGGGUUGAACUCGCGGCGUCGUCCAUGUUCUUUCAGCAUAAUAUGGCACUGGGUCCGCCAUACCAUGUUAUUGUGGAUACCAAUUUUAUCAACUUUAGUUUACAGAACAAGAUUGAACUUGUGCAAGGCAUGAUGGACUGCUUGUAUGCGAAAGCAACCCCGUGCAUUACUACCUGUGUCAUUUCCGAGCUGGAGAAGCUUGGUCCAAAGUACCGUGUAGCGCUGCGUGUUGCGCGCGAUCCACGAUUCAAGCGCCUUGAGUGCACACACAAAGGGAGCUACGCGGACGAUUGUAUUAUUGAGCGGAUAAAGAGCCACAAGUGCUACAUUGUCGCUACGUGCGAUCGUGAACUUCGACGGCGUGUUCGCCAGGUACCUGGUAUCCCCCUUAUGUACAUCGCGCGGCACCGCUACCGGAUUGAGCGCCUCCCAGACCAGGGCAACCAGACGUAG